AUGUUAUUCUUGUCAGGAUGGAAAAUGGAAUGGCAUGAUUUUGAAAUACUUGUUGCAAAACAUAUAGCAUUUCAUAUUAAGACUCUCUUCUACUUAAGGUAUAAGAAGAUGGCUUUCAAAAAUAUUUUUUGGGAUGCUUAUAAUGACAAGAUAUCCUUGGAAACAAAAGUUGAACUCAAAAAAAUUACUAUUCAUCAACUCUGUAAUAAGUUUUCAGUCACUUAUCCCAUUACUAAUAAGCAAGGUGAAAUUGUGAACUUCAAGUUAGGAGUGAUUGUUAAUGAGAAUAAAGCAUCAUUUGCUGAUUUUUUUCUUGUUUUUAAAGGCUAUUUUGAGAAGGCUGAUGUGAAGAAAGAACAUAAUAAAAAUGUGGCUGCGGUUCAGAGCACACAUUAUAAUUUUGGCAUUAACAACUAUAAUGUUAUUACAGUAUUCAUAUCAUCUGCUGAUUUGAAGGAAGAUAUUAGUGGCUAUUGUGAAGAACCUCUACCAAACUAUCGCUGGUUAUCAGUUUCAACAAAAAUACCACAAGAAAUUAUAGAUAGAGUUCGUGCCAAAAGGCCUUUAUGUUCAUCACAAGAUAUGUUUAAUGCUGACCCAUGGUUUAACAACUACAAGGAUGAUAUUAACAAUAUGACAUAUUCAUUGUACACUGAUGCCAUUGACCUUGCAAACUCUAAUAAGAAACGCCAGCUUAGUUAUUAUGAUGAAGUUCUGCAAUUGUAG